AUGGCCAUGGAGGCAGCAAAAUACUUCUGUGAUGAAAACAAGCGGACUUGCUUUCCUCUUAUUUCCUACCUCCAGACAGGCAGAAUUGACAAGUCCUACCCAACGGUGUGCGGCCACACGGGACCGGUGCUGGACAUCGACUGGUGUCCUCAUAACGACCAGGUCAUCGCCAGCGGCUCCGAGGACUGCACUGUCAUGGUGUGGCAGAUUCCCGAGAACGGGCUCACGCUGUCCCUGACGGAGCCGGUGGUGGUGUUGGAAGGCCACUCCAAGAGGGUCGGCAUCGUGGCGUGGCACCCGACGGCGCGCAACGUGCUGCUCAGCGCAGGCUGCGAUAACGCGAUCAUCAUCUGGAACGUGGGAACAGGUGAAGCCCUCAUCAACUUGGAUGACAUGCACGUGGAUAUGAUUUACAACGUGAGCUGGAAUCGCAACGGCAGCCUCAUCUGUACAGCUUCCAAAGACAAGAAAGUUCGCAUUAUUGACCCCAGGAAACAAGAAAUCGUUGCUGAGAAAGAGAAAACCCACGAGGGAGCCCGGCCCAUGCGAGCCAUUUUCCUCGCCGAUGGAAACAUCUUCACGACCGGCUUCAGCCGCAUGAGCGAGCGGCAGCUGGCCCUCUGGAACCCGAAAAACAUGGAGGAGCCAAUAGCCCUUCACGAGAUGGACACCAGCAAUGGGGUCCUGCUGCCAUUCUACGAUCCGGACACCAACAUUAUUUACCUGUGUGGCAAGGGUGACAGCAGCAUUCGCUACUUCGAGAUCACGGACGAGUCCCCCUACGUUCACUACCUCAACACCUUCAGCAGCAAAGAGCCGCAGCGAGGCAUGGGGUUCAUGCCAAAGAGGGGCCUUGAUGUCAACAAGUGUGAGAUUGCCAGGUUCUUCAAGCUUCACGAGAGGAAAUGUGAGCCCAUCAUCAUGACGGUUCCUCGAAAGUCGGACCUCUUCCAGGAUGACCUGUACCCCGAUACAGCCGGCCCUGAAGCAGCCCUGGAGGCGGAGGAGUGGUUUGAGGGGAAGAACGCCGACCCCCUUCUCAUCUCCUUGAAGCAUGGGUACAUUCCGGGCAAGAACAGGGACCUGAAGGUGGUCAAGAAGAACAUACUGGACAACAAGCCUGCCGCCAACAAGAAGAGCGAUCUCAUAAAUGCUCCAAAGAAAGCAGCCGAUGCCUCAAACACCCAAAACGAAGCCAAAUUGGAUGAGAUUUUGAAAGAGCUGAAAUCUAUAAAAGACACGAUCACCAACCAAGACGAGCGCAUUUCCAAGCUGGAGCAGCAGAUGGCAAAGAUCGCGGACUGAGCGGGGCCAGCACAGGCACAUUCCAGUUCCCCCAGUUCGGCAGCGCGCAGCAUUCCAGUACGAGCUUUCCUGUUCUCCCAAAUUCACGUCAGCGAGAGCCGAUGAUUAAAAGCCAAGCUUUUUAGUGAAAGAUAUUUUUUUUUUUUCUCCUCCUGAUGUUUUAAUGAAUUUCCGUGACUGUGUCAAACGAGUCAAAGAGAAUAAGUGCUACUUUUACACCUUUUUUUUUUUUGUUCUCCAGAUGUUACAAAUUCUCGAAAACAAAUCCAUUCUGACUUUUCAAUGUUGUGCCCAAAUAUCUUUUUUUUUUCUAGAUUUAGGGACCAAUGCCACAUUGUUCUUAACCAUUUUUUUUUUUAAAGUUGCCAAAAAAAA